AUGUCCAAGUCGAUAAGUUUCGAUGUCCUCGGGACCUGCUUCUCCUUCGAAGGCGCCAUAACCGCCAUCGAAUCCCGCCUCGGUCCGCACCUCUCCCGGGCCAACGUCGACGCCAGGACGCUCUGUUUCCAAUGGUUCUUCGCCGCCCAGCGGGACUUCACCUACGUGUCCAUGGCCGGGGCGUACACGCCGAUCGCGCGGAUCCUGCAGCAGACGUUCAGGCGCGCCUGCUACGUCGUGGACCUCCCGCAGGGGUGCGUGGGCGACGACGACGUCGCGGCCGUCAUGGCCGAAGUCGCCCGCUUGAAGCCCCGGCCAGGCCUCAAGGGUUGCUACGACGGCCUCCGGGCCGACGGGUGGGACGUCUAUGGCGUGACGAAUGGUGGGAAGCAGGCGAGUCUGGAGUAUUACCGUCUGGCGGACGUCGAGCUCGACGACGAGCAUCUCCUGAGCUGUGAUGAGAUCCAGGUGGCCAAGCCUGACGAGCGGGUCUACGCGAAGGCGAAUGCGUACUUCACGGAGCGCGGGGUGGGUGAAGCGGCGGGGCAGCGGUGGUUUGUGGCGGCGCAUGCGUGGGAUCUGUUGGCGGCGAGGAAGGCGGGUUUCAAGACGGCGUAUCUCACGUUUGAGGAACAUGAUCCGGUGACGGAGGUGUUUGGGACGUUUGAUCUCUAUGCGGAUAGCAUGGAUGAAUUACUCGAGAAACUCAGG